GCCCGUUCCCGUGAUAUAUAUAGGAGGCUCCAGAUCCCCCCUCUCCUCUUCGCGUCACAUCCCCUCUCUCUAAACCCUAGCGCCUCCACGACCCGAGCAAUCCCUAGGUCUUCGCGCGAGGUGUUGGCGGCGGCGGCGAGGGGAUUUUGAUUUGACCCGGAUGGCGGAGGAGAAGGUGGGCCGGAUCUUCGUGGGCGGUCUGUCGUGGGACACCACGGAGGGCACGCUCACGCGCACCUUCGGCCAGUACGGCAAGGUCAUCGACGCACAGGUUGUAGUGGAAAGGGACACAGGCCGCUCCAGGGGAUUUGGAUUUGUCACAUUUUCAGAACCUCGAGCUGUGGAUGCUGCCAUUCGGGGAAUGCAUAAUGGAGAACUGGAUGGUCGAAAUAUCUCUGUGAACAAAGCUCAACCUAGGAAUGCUGAUGAUGGCUAUGGCUAUGGUGGCGGUGGCGGCGGUGGUGGUGGUGGAGGUGGUGGUUACUCAUCUGGUGCCAGAGGUGGAUAUCGCAGUGGAGGUGAUGUAGUUCCAGCUGCGAGUGAUGAUUGCUUCAAAUGUGGCCGCCCUGGACAUUGGGCUCGUGAAUGUCCUUAUUCAGAUGGAGGUGGUAGAACUGGAAGGUACUCUCCCGCUUCAAGAUACGGUGGUGGCACUGGGGGACGUGGUGAUCGCUUUGGCGGAUCAGAUCGUUUUGCUCGGUAUGAUGAUGAUCGAUAUGAUGGUGGGCGCUACAUGGACAGCAGGGAUACAUAUUAUGGUGCUGGGCGUGAUCGUUAUGCUAGUGAUCGGUAUGCACCAGCAGCAGAUCGCUAUUCCGGUGACAGGUAUGGUGGUGGUGCAGAUCGUUAUGCAUCAAGUGGCUUUGCCAGGGAAAGAAGCUAUGAAAGAGAUGGUGGGCGGUCCAGCGGAGGUUACUACCGUGAUGAUUCUAGGAGCAGUGGUGGAUAUGGCAGAGGUGGUUCACGUGUAGGGGGUGGUGCUGCUGGGCCUGCUCGCUUUGGUGGCAGUUACCGUGAUAGACCCGCCCCCUAUGACCGUCCUAGCAGGGGAGCUGGAGCUCGUGCUUAUGAUGAUCGCUAUUGAAGGUUACCUUGCAGCGGAACAGUGACAUCUAGUGUGUUUCAACUAUGAGUCAGUGUUUACAUUUGCUCUUCAACCAAUCAACCCUGUGUUAUUCAGCAGUGCAGUUUGUUUUAUUAGUCUGAACCGUUCAGUACUUGAAUUAUUACUAUGUUGGCAGUGUGAUCCUGGUUCCUUCAUUAUGCUUGUGUAAUUACUUUGCAGUUUGCACCCAAUAACUAUAGUCCUGUUGAACUCUGUUGCAGUAUUGAUCUUUGAAUGUCUGCUGGCCUUACUUGGGCGAGACUGCUGUGCUUCAAUCAUGGAUGAAUUUUGCAUCAGUGAUGCUCAGAGCUGUACUGCUAGGUUACUUGCAGGUCUGGAAAUGGAUGUUUGCCCCUUCUUUUCUUUGAUUAGGGCACUCGAUCCAAUUUGUUCAGCUCUUCCUUCAGUUGUGUUGUGAAACAGAAAUCAGAACAGCAUAAUCCCGUAUGCAGUCUGGGUUUUGAGUAAAGAGAAUGUGAAGCUGAUAUGAGAUAUAGGAAGAUGAUUGUCGUCGUGGCGUU